AUGUUCCCGACCUCUACUCUAGAGGCUGCCUGGGGCAUGUCCGUGACAGCGACUAAAAACUUGACAGCCGUGAAGUUGAUGGUUGUCAACUGUCCGCCCGUGGUGGAGGUGCUGAUUCGCCGACCCGACCAGAGGUACCAGCUGGGCUUCAGCGUUCAAGAUGGUGUUAUCUGCAGUCUCCUGCGCGGCGGCAUUGCUGAACGCGGAGGCAUCCGAGUGGAUCACCGUAUUAUUGAGAUAAAUGGUGAAAGUGUGGUUGCUGUACCCCACGAGCACAUUGUCCAACUGCUUGCAAACGCCGUCGGCGAGGUAGGGUCGCAUUUGCCUACUCCGUCAGACCAAUUUACACAGUUUUAA